GGCGGCGGCGGCGGCGGGGCCGGGCUUGGACUGCCUGGCCGGGUCGGGCGAGGCGGCUGCUCGCGACGGCGCUUGGCUCGCUGCAGGCCCGGAGGACGAGAAGGAGAGCAGCGGAAGAUGCCGAGCAAGAAGAAGAAGUACAACGCGCGCUUCCCUCCGGCUCGAAUCAAGAAGAUCAUGCAGACCGACGAGGAGAUCGGAAAAGUGGCUGCUGCUGUUCCUGUGAUUAUCUCUCGGGCACUGGAACUCUUUCUAGAAUCCUUGCUGAAGAAAGCUUGCCACGUGACGCAGUCCAGAAAUGCCAAGACUAUGACAACCUCGCACCUGAAGCAGUGCAUAGAGCUGGAGCAGCAGUUUGACUUUCUGAAGGACCUGGUUGCCUCCGUGCCAGAUAUGCAAGGAGAUGCAGAGGAUAACCAUGUGGAGGGGGAAAGGAUCCCCAGGAGGGGUCGGAAACCUGGCAGUGGGCGGAAGAACGGUGGCACAGCAGGCAAGGGAAGGGAUGCCAAGCAGUCUGGCACGGACUCAGAGCAAGAGGAUGACUCAGAAGACAGCGAGAGUAACGGGGAGGAUGAAGUAUCCCAGACUGCUCCCUCUGUUCGACCCACCACGCAUCUCCCCACGGCUCCAGCGCCAUAUGUACAUUUCACCUCCCCGCCAGUUCCUGCAAUACCUCUGCCCGUCACAGCAUCAACAGGCGCUAUGCCAGUUCCGCCCCCACCUGUGCCACCUGUGCCAGCCCAGGAAGACGAGGAGGAAGAUUAUGACUCCUAGCCCAUUUCUGUUUUCACUGCUGCCACUUUUGGGGGGAGGGGGGAGAAAAGCAGGGGUUUGGAUGAGGCUGUUCUUAAAUUUAUUAAAAAACAUAAAAACGG